CAACACGUCAUGUUUGUGCCUAUAGGUGUUUGUGUUUCUUCUCAAAAAUAGUUUGUGCGUUUUGUGGUUUUUACUUUGGUUUGUAAAGAUAUAACUUUAUCAUAUGCUUUUGUCUCAUUGUAAGAUGGACAUAUGUGUAUGUACGGAUAAAACUUAAUUCGUGCUAUUUUGUUAUGUGAAAGUGAAGCAAAUAAAAUGACGUCUCCAUUACGAUCUUGGGAAAUGCAAAACUUGCAGAACUCUUCUCAAGUGCUAAGAAACAGUAAUACUGGACUGACAAUGGGAACUAGAAGUGCCCCGGUUUUACCCCCUAGACCGGCUGGUUCAUCAAUUUUAUCUAAUAGCCCCUACAAUUCAUAUAUGCCUCAUUCAGGUGGAUAUGGGUACGGAUCUUCAUACUCAUCAUAUGGCAUGCCUUACAGAAGUUCGAUGUACAACUCGGGUUACGGAUCGUAUGGUUCAUACGGCGGAAUGUACGGUGGUGGCAUGUAUGGCGGCGGAGGCGGCAUGUACGGUGCAAAUGGCGGUUACGGCGACAACGAAAGCCGGUUCAUUCAAUACGCAGAGGAGAGUUCGCGAAGCACGUUUGCUAGCGUCGAGAACAUCGUGAGAGCGGUCAACAGCAUCUCAAUGAUGCUGGACAACACGUUCUUCGCGAUGACGAGCUCGUUCCGAGCAGUGCUCAGCGUGGCCGAGAACUUCGGCCGUCUGCGCUCGAUGUUCGGUCACAUCUGGUACACGGUAAACGUGUUUCGGUUCUUUGGCUGGGCCUAUAAAAAAAUGCGCGAAAUUAUGGGCCUUAAGGUGGCCAGAAGCGCGUCUUCAGCUGCUUGGAAAGAGGCAGCUUCUGAAGCUGUAGCCGGAGCGGCUGGCAGUUCGGGCGGCUCUAGUUGGUCCACGCUGGUUUUCCUGGGAAUGCUUGUGUCUACUCCCUAUAUCAUCAGCAGGUUCAUCCCAAAAUAUGAAGAUAAGGGAGAUCCUGCUAAUUGGAAAUUACCAGGCGUGAGAGCAAAAGCAGUUUUUGACUUUGAUGCAACUAGUCCAAACGAAUUGACAAUCCACAUAAACGACAUGGUUAAUUUGGCUCCAUCGUACAUUCAAGAAGAGAUGCGCUUAAAGAACACUGGUUGGGCGUUGGCCACCUUUAAUGGAAAGUCAGGGGUGGUUCCAUUAAAUUAUUUAGUAAUAAGCAAAACCAAGCCAAUUAUGAACAACGAUAGUAAUGUACCUGUACCUAAAGACUUAAAUGCCAUUAACACACCAAAAACGCAUACAAAAAGGGUGAGUUUUGGUGAAAACCAAAUUUUCGAAAAUGUGGAUUUAGAGGAUUGCUAUAGAAAUACAGUGAAAACUGAUAGUGAUUUAAGUAAGAGUGAUAAUAAAGUAGACAAUAAAGAUUUUAACAAACCACAAUGUGAAACAGUAUAAUUUUAAAAGCAACCAAAAAUAUUUAUCGUAUUCUAUUAUUAUUAUAUUAAGCAUAAUAAAUUUAUAUUGGGCUUAUUAGCUAAACCAUUGCAGUAGUAAAAU